UGGUGAGGUGUUGUGCGGCACUUGUUUUGGGGAACUGCAGACUGCCGAUCGGUGUUUGAACAGAUGUUCCGAAUCGUUGUGCUCGUGGUGGCCCUGCUGGCCCGAGGCGUUCCCGCUGCUUGCCCACUGAGCAAGGAGAACCCCCUCGGGUUGCGGCGGGUCAUCAUCGAUCUGGACGCCGGCGGAGACGAUGCGUGGGCGCUGACGAUGCUGCUGAUGGACGAGCAAAAGUACAACGUGUGCGUGCAGGCCAUCACGUGCACGCACGGCAACACCGAGGUUUACCACGUGGCUGUCAAUGUGGCGCGCAUUUUGGAGGGGCUUGGGCGGACGGAUAUUCCAGUGUACAAGGGGGCUCGCGAGCGAUUGAUUACUCCGGCGCCACAUCGGGAUGUGUCGGGGUACUUUUGGGGGGUUGAUGGAUUUGGGGAUGUAAAGUUUGAAAAGACGCCGAGUUUGAAGUCGGUGAAGCCAGACCAUGCCGUUGUGAAGAUGAACGAGCUGUUGCAGAAGUUCCCACACGACAUCACCAUCAUAUCGGUUGGCCCGCUAACGAACCUGGCCCUGCUGUUUAAGCUGUACCCGGCGUCGAAGGACCUCAUCGCGAACAUUUACAUUCUGGGCGGUAAUCGGAACGGCGUGGGCAACACGGACUUUGCGGCCGAGUUCAAUUUCUUCACCGACCCGGAAGCGGCCAACAUUGUGGUCAACAACGCGCCGGUCGUGCUGAACAUCUUCCCCUGGGAGACGAUUCAGUCGUUGGAGGAAGAGUUCACGACCCAGUGGCGCUUUGCGACGUUCAACAGCACGCCGAACAGGGCAAUUCAGGUGCUGAACCGCGUGGAGUCGGUCAUCUACGCGAAUGCCAGUGGGUGGACACCGUGCGAUAUGUACGCGGUGGCGGUGUUUUUGAACCCCCAGCUGGUGACGGAUUCUACGCACUACAAGGCGGAGGUGGAGUUGGACGGGAAGGUUACGCGUGGCAUGUUGGCGAUUCUGUACCACGUGAAGGACGAGGACGAGUUUAAUGUGAACAUCAUCGACGAGGUCAACGAAGAUAUGCUGCGGGAGAUGGUUCAGGACUUGAACCGAGCACCGCCGAAGAAUGACGUGGAGCCAAGGGCGAGAAUGUACUACGUGAGUUAGGUAGUUGUUUGAGUUGUUGUUUGUUAAUAAAAUUUGAUA